AACAAUAACAUCGAACACUUAGAUGAAGUUUUCUGCACUUUCAGUCACUGCACUCGUCGCAGUAACAAACGCGUCACCAUUGAGCUUCCGUGGUUUAUUUGGUGGUGACGAUAAGCACAAGCACGAUGAAGCGCUUUACUUACUUGGUCACUCAGAAAAGACAAAGGACUACAAGGUUUUCUCAGAGGCUGACAACGUACCAUCAGACGUCAUACUAGACCAUUACCCAUUACCUAACUGCAAGGAUGGCGUUAAAGAAAGAAAGAACUGGGCACACUUAUCAUACGAUGAACGUAAAAACUUUGUCGAUGCUUUCAAGUGUCUUCGUUCAAAAGAAUCCUGGAACUUGGACAACUAUAUGAUGUCAGAUCGUUUAGCUGACUUCAUCAGAAUUCAUCAAUGGCCUGGUGCUGACAUUCACUGGGUUGCCUCCUUCUUACCAUGGCAUCGUGGAUUUACUUUGAUUUAUGAACAACAACUCCAAGAAUGUGGUUUGGAAGGCACAUUACCAUACUGGGCGUGGGAGAACGACUACGCAGAUGUAACACAAUCCGCUGUUUGGGACGGUGACAUGGAUGCUGGUUUAGGUUCUUUUGGACACACCGAUGAAAGCUUACCAUUGAACGCUUCAUUAAUCACUGAUGGUGCUAUUGCUGAUUACGAGAUCACUUACCCAUGGCCACACAAAAUUGGUAGACGUCUUCGUAGCAACUUUGCACCAAAUACACCAAACAUCGCCGGUGAAUACUUUGAACGCGGUAGAUCACCAGAAUGGAUCAAAUAUUACCAAUCAUUUGAUAACUACCUUAACUUCUCCACACUCUUGGAAGGUUAUGACCCAUUGGAUGCACGCGCGGACUGGCCUAGCUCACACGGUUCUGCUCACUUGCUCACUGGUGGUGACAUGGCAACUGGUGAUGUUAAUAACACAAGUCCAGCAGAUGUACUUUUCUUCUUGCACCACGCAAACGUCGACAGGCACUGGAUGGCAUGGCAAUUGCAAGAUCCUGAGAACCGUUUAUAUCAAUACGAAGGUAACACUCAGUAUGAUUUCCAAACUGGUAUCAGAGGUGGUGUAAAGGCAACACUCGACCAAAACCUCUACUAUGGUGAUGUACCAGGUCAACAAGGUAUUGCAAUCAAGCACCUUAUGGACUUAGAGAACAGCUGGUGUACCACCUACACAGACCUUGACAAAGUAGUACCAAAGUUCUGGGAAGCACGUACAGAUGCUUUCUCGGGUCCUGGCCAACUAGAUGAAGCUGCCGUUAAUAAGUAAUAGGCUUGAACUUAGGAAACCGGACAAAGGAAAUUUGAUAUCUUUUAAUUUUUCUAAUACGCAGGAUUUAUUUUACUCUAAUUACUUUAAUAAGAAAAGGACAAUAAUGGACUAUAAAAAUCUUUCUUUCUUAUCUUAAUU